CGAGCCGCGAGCGGAGGGACUGCUCCUCAGCUGGGAAACACUGAGGAUGACAGACGGUCGUUUGUGGAGUACAGACAGCUCAAAACACUUGUAGACGGAUCCGAAACACAGUCUUGCAGCCAUGACUUGCAUACACCCCCAGCAUGGAUCUCAGCCCUGUGAGUUCAACCUUGGCAGCUCGGAGCUUCAAAGCUCAGACUUCAUCUCCAGGCUGGCUGUCGAUAUGAGCAGCUCACGGGACCACCUCACUGCUCCAUCCCUGCCAAGCAUCAACUCCCUGGUGGGCACUCAGGCGGGCGACUUCGAUGCGUAUUCGUGUCAGUUCACCACAGCCCCUGCCCACGUCCCUCCAUCAUCAGGCCAGGAGACCCCCUUCAAGCUGGAUGACCUCCAGGUUUACGGCUGCUACCCUGGAACGUUCACGCUGAAUUACCCAGACGAGGCCGCUUCCCCUGCCGGGUCAGAUUAUUUCGGCAGCCCCGCGUCAGCCUCGUCUCCUUCAACCCCCGGGUUCCAGGGUCAGCAUGCAUCCAACUGGGAUUCAGCCUUCGGGCCAUACUCACCCAGUCCAGGAUACUGGGCAGCAGAGGAGACCUCAGUGCCACAUGCGCCCUCUUUCUUCACUUUUGGCUCAGGAUCUGUAGAAGAUAUGUCUCACAUGGGUCAACCACGCUUACGAGAGCAGGAUCCUUUCACUUUGACCCACAGUCACCCAUCUGUGCUGAACUUCCCUGCCUUGGUGAUGGAUCAAGCGCAAUGCCUUGAUGGCACUGACCAGCUGGAUGGGAGCUUAUCACCCAAGUUAAAAAGUCCCAGUGGAAAUGAGGGCUGCUGUGCUGUGUGUGGGGACAACGCCUCCUGUCAGCAUUAUGGCGUUCGCACCUGUGAGGGAUGCAAAGGGUUUUUCAAGCGUACAGUACAAAAGAAUUCCAAGUAUGUUUGCCUUGCCAACAAGGACUGUCCUGUGGAUAAGAGGAGGCGGAAUCGAUGCCAGUUCUGCCGUUUCCAGAAGUGUCUAACUGUAGGCAUGGUGAGGGAAGUUGUGAGAACGGAUAGCCUGAAAGGACGAAGAGGCCGCCUGCCGUCCAAGCCUAAAGUCGUCCAGGACGUGACAACAACCACUGUGUCUCCAGUGAGCAUGAUUGCUUCCCUUGUGAGGGCCCACAUCGACUCAAACCCCAGUGUUGGGAAGCUUGAUUACUCCAAGUAUGAUGAGACAGAAGUCAGUCCGAACCAGAAAGAGGAUGUGAGUGACAUCAAACGGUUUUACGACUUACUCACAGCCUCCAUGGAGGUCAUCAGGAAGUGGGCGAAGAGCAUCCCAGGUUUCCCUGAGUUCUGCUCAGAAGACCAGGAACUGCUGCUGGAAUCUGCAUUUGUUGAACUCUUCAUCUUGCGUCUCGCUUAUCGUUCCAGUCCUGAAACGGACAAGAUCAUUUUCUGCAAUGGGGCUGUGCUUCACAAAAUGCAGUGUGUCCGAGGCUUUGGGGACUGGAUCGACUCCAUCUUGGAGUUUUCUCAGGCCCUCCAUCGCAUGAAGCUAGACAUGUCCUCCUUUUCCUGUCUCACAGCCCUCGUCAUAAUCACUGACCGGCAUGGUCUUAAGGAGCCAGGACGUGUGGAGGACUUGCAGAACCAGCUCAUCACCUGCCUUAAACAUCACGUCUCUGGCUGCAGCUCCGACUCUUUGCGGCCCAAUUAUUUGUCCAGACUUCUCGGGAAGCUGCCCGAGCUCAGGACUCUGUGCACUCAAGGCCUCCAGCGUAUCUUUUACCUUAAACUAGAAGAUCUUGUUCCUCCUCCACCAAUUGUGGACAAAAUCUUCAUGGAUACGCUUCCGUUUUGAGUGUGAGAUAGGAGAUUAACCAUCUGUGAUAUAAAUUCUGGAGUUCAUAUGACAGCCAAAGGCAACAGACUGAGCACUGGUACUUCAGGUAGAAUUAAGUAAAACUGCAAGAAGACAACAAGAAGAAGAAUCCUAAGAGCUUCACAGGAAAAAGGGCUACUUCUGAAUUAUAAAGUGAAUGAGUUAUAAAACUUUCAGAAGCAACAUGUAUGUGGAGCUGCCACAAAACGCUCUUCCUAGUUUGUGUUUCUAGGAUAUUGUGUUCUCUGCAGAUGGAAUUAGGCCAGCUGAUGGACCAAAAUAACUGUUUACAUACAACAAGGUGUCAUGAAUGGAAACAUUUCUGAUGGAGGGAAGAUGAUUUGCACUUUCUAAACAGUUUCAAAUUGAAUACAAAUAUUAUCUGCACCACCAUUUCAAGGAUGCAAUGAGAACAACAAUUAGCUUCUUUUUUUAAAAAACAAAAAAAACCUAUGUUUUGUUGGGAUUUGCAUGACUGUAAGUUGCACAUAAAAUAUGCGACAAGGCAUUAUUUUUCUGUUCAGAUUUUAAUAUAUCAGGUGCUCCAACAUGUUCAAACAAGCAAAUCAUUUCAUAGAACCAACUUCCAGGCCCCAAAACUGAUGUUCGGUGAGUCCAAAGCAUCAGUCACUCAAAUCUCCAGUUUGCUUUAAUGCCACCAUAUGUAUUUGGUGACAAUAAAGUAGGUUAAGCCUAUAAUUCAGUGGUAUCAUUCAUGUAUCAUGAAUAGAUGUUGAGCAGCUAAUACUGUAUACUGUGUGUAUCAUCAGUACAGUCUUAUACACUGGUCUUGAAUGUAAAAUAUUUUUAAUUUCUUUUAAACCUGCUGGUGUUAUUGCUACAUGAACUGUAUUCUGUAGUCUGAUGAAAAUGUACUUUUGUUGUGAGCCUGUUAUUUUUACAAGAAGUUAUAUUUUACUGCAGCUAAACAUUAAAUAAAAUAUAAAACUGCA